CCGUGGAGUUUCCGGACUUUGAAAAACUUCAACUCCCAUGAUUCUACGCGGCCCGUCACUUUGACGCUUGACUCAUGCGCGCGCGGCGGUCGGCUGCGUCGGUGUGUGUGUGCGCGUGACCAUCAUGGCGGCGGCCUAUGUGGAGAUCUUGAGGAGCGAGUUUCCCGACAUCGACUCUGAGUUGUUCGACUACAUCACAGGCGUGCUGGACGGCUGCGGGGCCGACUUCGAGGAUGGCGAGGAGGUGUUUGAGGCGGUGGGCGGCGUCCUGCAGGAGGUGUCGGCCGACACGAAAAACGAGGACGACGUCCGAGGCAUCUGCUUGAGGAUGUUCAACACGCUGCGGCUGAGCGGCUGUCCCGCCUCGCAGCGUCAAGUGUUGCUGGACGCGCCGGUGCAGCUUUCCCAGAUGUCGCCGGACGCCACCUUGGCCAACAACGACGUUCAGGGCAUCUGGAUGAUGAAGCGUCCUCAGAACACGAUGGUGGACACCAAGAAGCUGGAGAAGGCUGAGGCCAAGCUGAAAGCCAAACACGAGCGACGCAACGAGAAGGACUCGAACAAGGCGUCCGGUCCGCUUGUCCUGGAGGAAGCCUCGGCCAGUCAGGCCAGCAGUAAAAAAGAAGGACGAGCCGACCAGGCGGCAAAGAACCGCAGCUACGACAUCCGAAUCGAGAACUUUGACGUGUCCUUCGGAGAGAGGUGUCUUCUUCAGGGCGCCGAGCUGGCGCUGGCGGCGGGGCGGCGCUACGGCCUGGUGGGGCGCAACGGCUUGGGGAAGACCACUCUGCUGAAGAUGUUGGCCGGCCGCAGCCUGCGCGUCCCCCCUCACAUCUCCAUCCUCCACGUGGAGCAGGAAGUGGCGGGCGACCACACCACGGCGCUGCAGAGCGUCCUGGAGAGCGACGUGCUCAGGGAGGGCCUGCUUCGAGAAGAAGCGCGCCUCAACGCCCGCAUUGCCAACGGAACGGCCGAGGGGAUGGAGAGCGUCCGUCUGUCUGAAAUUUACUGCAAGCUGGAGGAGAUCGAGGCCGACAAAGCCCCCGCCCGAGCCUCCAUCAUCUUGGCCGGUCUUGGGUUUUCGCCCAAAAUGCAGCAGCAGCCCACCAAAGAGUUUUCAGGAGGCUGGAGGAUGCGGUUGGCCUUAGCAAGAGCUCUCUUUGCUCGGCCUGACCUGCUGCUACUCGAUGAGCCGACCAACAUGUUGGACGUGAGCGCCAUCCUGUGGCUGGAGAACUACCUGCAGACGUGGCAGUCCACCAUCCUGGUGGUGUCCCACGACCGCAACUUCCUGAACGCGGUGGUGACCGACAUCGUACACCUGCACUCGCGCCGGCUGGACAGUUACCGCGGCGACUACGAGAACUUUGUCAAGACCAAAGACGAUCGACUGAAGAACCAACAGCGAGAGUACGAGGCGCAGCUGCAGUACAGGCAACACAUACAGGUGUUUAUCGACAGGUUUCGCUACAACGCCAACCGAGCGGCUCAAGUGCAGAGCAAACUCAAAGUGCUGGAACGAUUGCCCGAACUCAAGCCCAUCGAAAAAGAAGCGGAAGUGACCUUACGGUUUCCGGACAAUUUUGAGAAGUUGUCUCCUCCCAUCCUGCAGUUGGACGAGGUGGAGUUCUACUACGCGCCCGACCAGCCCCUCUUCUCCGGGCUCAACCUGUCCGCCGACCUGGAGUCUCGCGUCUGCAUCGUGGGCCAAAACGGUGCCGGGAAGAGCACGGUCCUCAAGCUUCUGAUGGGCGAGCUGACGCCCAUCAGUGGAGUCCGCCAAGCUCACAGGAAUCUGAAGAUCGGCUACUUCAGUCAGCACCACGUGGACCAGCUGGACCUGAACGUUUGCUCCGUGGAGCUGCUCCUCAACAAGUUCCCCGGUCGGACGGAGGAGGAGUACCGCCACCAGCUGGGGGGUUACGGUAUCACGGGGGAGCUGGCCACCAGGCCCGUGGCCAGCCUGUCGGGGGGCCAGAAGAGUCGGGUGGCCUUCGCCCAGAUGACCAUGCCCUGCCCCAACUUCUACAUCCUGGACGAGCCCACCAACCACCUGGACAUGGAGACCAUCGAGGCGCUCGCCACCGCGCUCAACAAGUUCAAAGGCGGCGUGAUCCUGGUGUCGCACGACGAGCGUCUGAUCCGGCUGGUGUGCCAAGAGCUGUGGGUGUGCGAGGGCGGCCGAGUGUGUCGCCUGGACGGCGGCUUCGACCAAUACCGCGACGCCCUGCACGAGCAGUUCAAGAGGGAGGGCUACCUGUGAAGAAGCCCCCCGCGCCCCCAGAAAAGGACCAUGUGACUUCCUGAUUUUCAGUUCAGGUCACCCCCCCCCCCCCCAGCGUUUUAGUGCACAGAUGCUCUAUUUGCUAAGAAAAUAAAACCUCACACAUCGUGAGCCACGUCACGUUUUGCCUUCAGGAAGCCAAAUGCUGCAGCGACGUCACCUUGCCUGCCCGACGUCGCAAAUCAGUUUUGAAGCCGAUCGCGUUGAACCUCAAACCUCUCGGAUGGUCUCUCCUACCCUUGCGAGUCAGGAGGGCGACUUGGGCCGAAACACUUUUGUUCAAAGGCAAGUGUGUGCCAAGAGACUCAUUUUGCGCUUUCAGUGUGACCAUGCGGGAAAUGGCAACAGGCCGGUGGAAAGAAAAUCCAGUCAUAUGUAUGCAAAUAUGGAAUCAUGAAUUGUUGGCAAUCAUUUCCUGUCCCCUUUCCACUAGCAAGGGAUUUGGAGUGGCCAUUUUAGUCUUUUGGGAGAAGGCCACGAGUGAAGCAUUUGAUAUCGUCUCUUGGGGCAAAUUGGGCAUUUCCGUAGUCAACUUCGGGACACCGAUAGCGUUUCAUAUUGGUUUUAUUCUGAGAAAGGUUUUCGGUGGCAUCAGUACUGGAAGCUUCUCUUGGUCUGGAUGUCGUCCAAAAUCUGCUGCAGCUCCUCGUCUUCAAAGCGUCCCUCCAAACUAAAGUGGACACACGGUCACGGCACUCAUUCGUCGUACGAGCGAAACGAUUUGAGCGGGAGGCCCGGGCUCACCUGGGGAUCAGGGACUUGGCUUCCUCGGCCGCUUCGGGACACAAGUUGGCCAAACUGGCCAACUCGAACUUGUGAAGCUUUUUCUGAAGGAGAAGGCUGCCAGGCGAGAGCAAAACAAAACAUCAUUCACAACAAGUAUUGGCGCAGAUUUGGCCAGUAGUAGAGAAUGUGUGGAGCAGAGGUCAACACCCCACCACAGUUGCAUGAGACUCCCGCUGCGUCGAGGGAAAAGCC